UGUGGUAAUAGAAGCUUUCAUCUUCGUGAUAUCAAAACAUUAAUGGUGUAUUUAAUGACAAGUAGUCACAUUUUGAUCGAAAUUUGAACCCAGAAUUAUAGCAUGUCGUGUAUAAUGGAAGUUACCGCAAAAUGGGCGUAUCCAUAUGCUGCCAGCAAUCCCACUUCCCACCCCAUAUCAAUGAUUGAUCAUAUUAUUUCCCGAUCUUGAUCUCGAUCUCAAUCACCGGACCUCCAUUCCUACCUCCUAAAUAAAUACCAUACUCAAUCGUCAUCUCCCCUCCCUUUCCUAUUUUCCCCAAAUUCAAUCUUCUUCUCCUUCAAUCGUCGACAGAAAAAGGGAGGAAGAGAUUGAAUCUAUAAUAUAUAUUUGGGGACAUCAGCCAUGGAAACAACUACAACCACCGUUGCAGACAACUCAACCAAGAAGAACCAACUUAAAUCCUCUUCCUUCCGCCUCCGUUCUCCAUCCCUCAACUCCGUACGCCUCCGUCGUAUCUUUGAUUUAUUCGACACCAAUCAUGACGAACUCAUCACCGUCGACGAACUCAGCCGUGCAUUGAUACUCCUAGGCCUGGAUACCAACAUGGAUGAAUUGGAUUCCAUAAUCAAAACCUUCAUCCAGCCCGGAAACACCGGACUCACCUUCGAAGACUUCCAGGCUCUGCACAAGGAUAUCGACGAUCUGUUCUUUCGCCUGGAUGACAACUAUGAUCCGAACAACAACAACAAUGAAGAUCAGGAUGAUGAGGGUGGUAGUUGUGAGGGAGGCAAGGAGGAGGAGUUGGAGAUGAUGGAGGCGUUCAAGGUGUUUGAUGAAGAUGGAGAUGGAUACAUAUCAGCGACCGAGUUACAGACGGUUCUUGUGAAGCUGGGAUUUGCAGAGGGGAAUGAGAUCGGAAGAGUGCAGAAGAUGAUCUCCUCCGUCGACAGGAACAAAGAUGGACGCGUUGAUUUCAUGGAGUUUAAGGAUAUGAUGCGAACUGUGAUCGUUCUUAAGUGAAUAUGAUCGUUUCAUCGAUCGUCUUCUUGAAUGUAGAUUAACUGUUGUUGUGUAUGAUAAAAGGGUUUCAUCCGGCGAUAUUUCAUCCGACGCCGGCAUGCUAUA